GUUGCCUCUAGAAUUCCUGCAGGUCUCUGAAGCCGCAGCGACGACUGUCAGCUAACAGGCAGAGGACAAGCGAGCUGCUCCUCACAGAAUUUUGCUAAUAUCUCACCACCGUUUGGCAAGGAACAUUUCGGAAUACCUUUUUGCGUUUGGGUACCCGUUUGUUUAAUGCACUGCCCUGUCCUGCUGAUUGCAUCUCGUCGGCCAGCGUGUGGAGGGCCUCCUCUGCCUGGCCUGGCCUGGGGCGUCACUCGGAGAUGAAGAGGGACAGGCCCCACCAGCCUGAGGAUCGCACCGUUAAGAAACUCUUGGCUCCUCCCCUAGCCCCUCCCCUUGCCCCUCCCCCCCUGCUCUGCCAGCCCUUGCGGCUGCUGUGAUGCACGUUAUGAAUAGCAUGUCGCUGGUCAACGAGAGGGAGGGCUGCGGGGGCGAGCACCUCCUCGCCGACUCCAUGGCUCCGCCCCCUGUUUCGACCGUCCCCGGCGUCAGCCCCACCCCCGAGCGUCUCCCGCCGCCGCCGCCUCCGAGCGCCCCCCCGCCGCCGCCGCCGCCCCCUCCCCCGGGCAUGGGGAACCCCGUCCACGGCCCCCGGAAGAAGAGGAGGGUCCGCAGCUUCUUCUGGAAGACCAUCCCGGAGGAGAAGGUGAGGGGGAAGCCCAACAUCUGGACUAUGGCCGUGCGGCAGCAGCAGUACCAGAUCGACGUGCGCACCGUGGAGGAGCUCUUCGGGCAGCAGGAGGAGGCGCGCUCGGCGACCCCCACAGGCGGCAGAACGUCCAGCGGCAGCCUGACCGGGAGAGGGUCCAACAAGGAAACCAGGGAAGAGAUCAGCAUCCUGGACUCCAAGAGAGGGAUGAACGUGGGAAUCUUCCUCAAGCAGUUCAAAAAGUCGAACCAGUCCAUCACCGAGGACAUCCGCUCUGGCAACAGCACGCCGUACGGCUCCGGACCGCUCAGAGAGCUGCUGAGGCUCCUGCCCGAAUCUGAGGAGCUGAAGAAACUGCGAGCAUUCAAGGGCAAUGCCAACAAACUGACUCUUGUGGACUCCUUCAUGUACCUUCUGAUCCAGGUCCCCAGUUUUGAGGUUCGUAUCGAAGCCAUGGUGCUGAAAGAGGAGUUCUCUCCUUCCUGUUCCGUCAUGAGCAAUGAGAUUGAUGUCAUCCGCAAUGCAACUAAAGAGCUAAUGACCUGUGAGGAGCUACACGCCGUCUUGCACUUGGUCCUGCAGGCUGGAAACAUUAUGAACUCAGGUGGCUAUGCAGGCAACGCCGUGGGCUUCAAGCUGUCAUCUCUCCUCUCUUUGGCUGACACCAAGGCCAACAAGCCUGGGAUGAACCUCCUCCACUUUGUGGCCUUGGAGGCACAGAAGAAGGAUGAGAGUCUGCUGAAAUUUCCUGAGAAGCUGCCGCAUGUGCAGAGCGCAGUCCGGAUAUCGGUGGAGAACAUCGAAGCGGAGUUCCAGUCGCUGUACGUGCGGACGAAGGCGCUGGAGGAGAAGAUUCAGAAGGACUCUGAGCUGCAGGUGCAGCUGGAGCAGUUCCUGCAGAGCGCCAUACGGAUGCUGCAAGACCUGAAGAAGCGCAGGCUGGAUCUGCGCAGCGAGGGAAACGCCCUCAUCGACUUCUUCUGCGAGGAUAAAGACGCCUUCAAGCUGGACGACUGCUUCCGGAUAUUCCAGGACUUCUGCCUCAAGUUCAAAAAGGCUGUGAAGGAUAACACGGAGCGUAAGCUGAAGGAGGUGGCGAGGCAGCGCCGCCUGCUGGAGCUGGAGGAGAAGCGCUGCGCGUGGAGCCGGGAGCAGGGCGGUGGCGGCUUCGGGCGGAGCAGCAGCGAGAACGACGUGGAGACGCUGAACCGGGAGGGGCUGCUGGACUUCCUGCAGCAGCGCACGCUCAGCCCCCACCGCCCGCUGAGCCGCUCCGCGAGCGCCCGCCGCCCCCGCAGCACCUCCUCCGCCACCGCCGCCGACCGCCAGCUGCAGAGCUACCUGGAGCUGUUCGGCGCCGACGACUCCGCCCGCUUCAGCAGCCUGCCCCGCUCCGGCCGCCCCCACCACCGCAGGACCGCCGCCUGGCUGCUGUCCCAGGACGACAACCGCGAGCUGGGCCCCAAGGCCCCGCUGUCCUGCGGGAGGCAGGUGACCUCGCCCGGGUCCUACACCGACCCCAUCAGCCCCCUGGCCCGACCCUCGGACUACUUCGGCAACAACAACAACGACGAAGAGGAGGAGGACGAGGACCCACGCCUCAACGAUAACGAGCUGACCACGGUGUCGGAGGGCGGCCUCGCGUUCAGGGCCGGCCGUUACCGGCACGCGUUCCGGAGGGGGGCGGGGACGGGCGUCGGCCAAAUGAACGUCAGCGUGGAACGCUGCGCCCUCGUAUCCGGGCUGCAGACUUUCGACCACCUCACGACCGUCAACAACAACGACGACGACGACGACUCGCGCUUGGCCGACCCGGGCGUCGUCGUGGUUACAGAUCUGGAGAGGGACAGGGAUCCUCCAAAGACGCUGGUUUUGGACACCCCCCCACCCAGCGGGAGUUCUGGGAGGGGGCAGGAGCCCAGGUCUGCCUGGGAUUACAGAAUGAGCUCCCCUCAGAAGGAGGAGGAGGAGGACACCAGCACGGUCUCCUCGACGACCUGUGACACGCCCCUCCCCUUGGAUACGCCCGUCUCCAACAGGAAGCCCAUUUUCUACAUCAUGGAUUUUACAGAGACUGACUGCUCCGUGACCCUUGACCUCUCUGAAAUUGACAACUCUCCCAACAGGAGGGAAGGUGUCGAAAGCCACAUGACGCUGGAAGCCAAUGGUCGGAGUAACCAAAAUGACCCUGGUUCGCUUUCUUACAACUUGGAAUCCGGGUCCGCCAGCGAGACUUCCGCGUCACAGUCAGAGUCCACCAAUGAGCCGCCUGAGUCGAAAUCCGCAUUCACUGAUGAGCAGCCAGACUCUGCCAGCCACGUGGCGGUGUCCGUCUGUCCGUCGUCGGCUGAUGCAGAGCAGGCUGCCUCGGACAGCUGCGACGCCCCGGAGGACAAACCGGAAGCGGCCCCCGCCGACGGCCCUCGACCCGCGCAUGCGAAAACCAAGAUGGCGUCGAAGAACCCCGCGGCGGGCCGGACCGUCGCCGCCGGCCGCCCUCCCCGGCAGCGGGCCUCCGCGGAGAACCAGAGCAUGCGCAAGGUGGUCCCGCUGGCCAAGCUGAGCCGGCCCGGGAGCGGCGCCAGGCGGGUCGACAGGCCGCCCGCUUUCGAGAGCGCCGAGCCCAGGCGCCCGCUGCGGGACCAGAGCGCCCCCGCCAGGAGGGGGGAGAGGACGGCCCGCGCCGCCCGCCACUCCAGCCUCCCCCCGGAGGAGUCCAAGGCCCAGAGGCUGAGCGCUGGCGGAGGCGGUUGUUGUGGAGGCGGCGGCGGCGGUGUCUCCCGUUGGGCGCGGGAUCAAACCCCGCGCAAACCGACCGUCUGGAAGCCCAGUGCCAAGCCCCUGAGGAACGUCCCCAAGGCCCCCCCGGAGGAGAAGAUGUGUCGCUCCACCCUGAGGGCUCUGGCGCAGGCGGAGGCGGCGGCGGCGGCGGUGGCGGCCUCUGAGGGCGGAGCCCCGCUGACCCCCACCCACAGCGCCCUGCCCAGCUUCGCCCGCAACACCGUGGCCUCCACCUCCAGGACCAAGAAAGACCUGGUCGCCGCCCCCUCCACCGACUCCACCCCCUCCACCCCUUCCAAAAGCUCCUCCCUGGGCAGGACCGGCUCCCUGAGGCACGCGGCGAGCAGGGUGCCCCCUGCUAGCGAGCAGCACGUGGCCCAGGGUGCGGAGAAGCUUCCGGGCUCGCUGCGGAGGGUGCAGAGCGUGCGCGCCGCCAGCCGCAGUGGGCAGCGCGCCGAAACCCCGCCCCCCGGGAAGGAACGUUCCAGAAAGAGCAGCACCUUCUCCGAGAAGUCGGUGCAGUCUAAAGACUCUAAAGACUGCUCCAGCAAAACCCUUAAGCCCACAUGGAAGUGAAAUGGGGUUGGUGGGUGGGUGGG